AUGCAACUGGAAGCCACUCAUCAGAAAGAAAACCACCUGUCUCCUUUGGCUAGCUUCAUUUUUCCAGACUUCAGGGCAUUGUUCAACAUAGGGUUUAAUUUAUAUUCUAAUAUAAACUACAAAGAAGUAGAUAUUAAUGGAUUUGAAAUUUACAUUGUCGAACAAUGGGCUGCCCAGAGAAAAAUAUCAACUCUAAUCACUUCAUAUACGGGCAACUUACAAGACACCAUAUCUGCAGUAGAGGUUGCUCUUCCCGAAGAUCCUGAGGAAUGGCCAUGUUGUUUGAAGAAAUACCAUGAAGAAUUGUUGAAGUUUUCUAGUCCAAAAAAGACUGCCAAAGGAACUUUAUUUGUUACAAACCUUUCUUCUUUCAAAUCUACGCUAAACUUAUUGCAUGUUGAGUGUGGUAAUCUAAAGAAAAUCUGGAAAAACUUCAAAACCAACUACGACCUAAAGAGAUUACAUUGUGGUGGUCGUUCAGCUCAGCUGUUAAAAAAGACACCUAGUGCCUCAAUAGCGAAGUUUGCACAGUUAUAUAAAUUUCCGAAUUCAGCUUUUUCUCAUGAAAUAACGUCGGAUUUCCAACAACCUUCUCUUCAGAAUGACAACAGCUCAAUAAGUAGCAUAGAAAAUAUUCCUGUUAAUCAUUGCCCUGUGGUAGAACUAACUACCCUCGUGCAAAUAUCACUUAGUUAUUUUGCGCUGUUUGAAUACAAGAAGGAGAGAGAUGGUCUCUUAUGCAAUGGAACGAAACAAUCCCUUGAAAAAUGGUGGGAAAUAUAUGGGAAACGAUACCACGGCAUUGAUAAGCCGAAGAAUGAAACGAUCCUUGGUCCGACUACGGUGGCAUCACUACUUAGUCUUGUAUUGACUUGUUACUUCAAAUUAAUGGUAGAAGAUUGCAUGUCAGCAAAAGAUCCGUUUGAUGAAGAAGAGUUUUAUUCUGGUCUUUAUGCAUUUCAAAAGAAAUACGGCCUAUCCAAAAACAAUAAACAGACCUCCUUAGACGAACUAACAAUUGAUAAAUUAUUUGAAGUAUCUUCCAAGACUUCAAACAAAGAUAUUUUCAAGUUUAAAAAGGUUGUGAAGUCAACUGUUCAAGACAUGACUGGCAAAGGAAACUUUAUGCAUCUAUCCAAUGAGAUCCUAACAACUGAUUUAGAUACCCUGGUAAAGAAUAUACACGGUGGAUCCCUUGGUAAGCUCUGGAAAGGGAGAAGUGCUUCGAGAAAGGAAACAUGCAUGGUUUGGGAAAGAAAAACCUUUCUAAGUUUCAAGUUUGAACGUGGAGAUCCAUCCUUACAAUUGGAAAAUAAUGAGCUGUUUUAUGGUACGAGUGUGCCAAGUGAACAGUUAACGACUUCCAAUAAGGAGGACAGUGAUACGCAACCCACAAAGAGAAAUAGUAUAUAUGAUAUUGCCAAUGGCUCCAAAUCAUCGCUAUCUAUCUCAUCCAUGUUCUGUAAUUAUGAUGAAACCCGUUACAAAAGUACCAACAACCUUAAUAGAGCCUAUAGGGGGGAGUAUUUUAGGCGCAAUUCGAUCCCAUUUUGUAACGAUGGUAUACACGAUACUAAAAAAAUAUCUGCUGAUCUUAAUAAGAUAGAUGGAUUGUAUCGUUGCAAUUCAUAUUCUGAGGUACAAAACGCAAUAGAGCUGUGGAGCUUGCCAUUCGAUUCAUCAGUCAUCAGAUUAGCAAGAGACUUACUUAAGAUACAAAGUCUAAUGUCAGUUCAACGUCAGCUCGAUGAAAUACGUGACGGAUAUCUGGGAAAAAAUUCACAAAGAUCAUACCAGAAUGAUCUGAUGUUUAGACAAAGCUUGAACAAAUUGCAGGAAAUGUGUGAGAGAUGUAAGAGAGGUUCUAACGAAUUUCACUGGGAAUAUGGUAACAUGCAAAACAAACAGCAAAUUUUGGAGAGUGAGAAAAAAGAUAUGAAAUCACUUUCUUCGAAACUGAAAUAUAACGUUCGUAUCCUAGAUAGACGUGUAAGAGAUGUUGAAGCCAGCGUAGAUCAUUUUGAUCGCAAGUUAGAGGAUGUUAGAAAAAAGCUUCUGGAGCAAAAUAAUAGUAAAGACAUAUCUAUGGCCUUAGAAAGUCCUUGUGAUAAAUUUGAAUUUGACAGUUUUAUGGACUCUAUAGUGCAGUCCCAACAGACUAAAUAUGAAGGGCUGUGUUUUAAAAUUUUAGACAAGAAAAGUCUUCGAAAGUUAAAAAAGGAAUUCUGGAAAUGGAGCACCUGGACAUUCGAUACCUUCUUAUACAAAAAUAGGCCCAAUAAGGAGAAAGAUACACUAUGA